GAAAUUGACAUUUCAAUUUUAUUGUAGAGGAUUUUGGGGUUUUGAAUCUGAAAAUCUUAUACGCCCUAAAAUAAUCCACCUUGAAUUUUGAGUGAUAAACAAAGAAGCCCAUGGAGCCCAGUCACCGUUAUAAUUACAGAAUCACCGUCAUUUCAAAAAACCAAUCUAAUUUCGCGCCAAUUCUUCUAAUCAACAAAAAGAAAAAAUGGACGAUCUCAGCAAAUCCGACAUGAAAUUCUUCUCCGAUCAACAGCUCUGUUUCGCAGACAUCCUCCUUCCUCAUGAGGUUCAAGCCAGAAUCCAAGUCGUUGUCCUCAAUUUCCUCAAGAUCUUGAGCUCUCCUGAUCCGGCAAUCUCCGAUCUCCCUCUGAUCAAUAGGAAGUCGAGUAAUAGUAGAGUGAGUGAAGGGAUCUUGACUGAUGUUUCGUGGAUUUUUCUGUCUCACUCUUUUUGUUCAAGAUCAUUGAUGAAAGCCAACGCUACUAAGUCCUUUAUUAGAGUGUGGAAGGUUAUGGAAAUGUGCUUUGAAAUCCUAAUUCAAGAUAAGCGAGUUACGCAGAGGGAACUAUUUUACAAGUUGCUUUGUGAUUCACCCCAUUACUUCUCAUCUCAAUUGCAGGUCAAUAGGACAAUCCAAGAUGUUGUAGCAUUGCUUCGGUGCAGCCGUUACAGUCUAGGAAUCAUGGCAUCUAGCAAAGGACUUGUUGCUGGGCGCAUCUUACUUCAGGAGCCAAACCAAGAGGCUGUUGAUUGCUCUGCUUGUGGCUCUUCUGGAUACGCAAUUUCAGGUGACCUGAAUUUGUUAGAGAGCUUGAGUAUGAAGACGGAUGCCCGGUAUAUUGUUGUAGUAGAAAAGCACGCAAUAUUCCAGCGAUUGGCUGAGGAUAAUGUAUUUAACCAGAUUCCAAGCAUUCUUCUAACAGCAAAAGGCUACCCUGAUAUAGCCACAAGAUUUCUUCUUCACCGAAUGAGUCGGGCUUUUCCAGAUUUGCCAAUUUUAGCGCUGGUUGACUGGAACCCAGCUGGAUUAGCAAUAUUGAGUACCUACAAGUUUGGAAGCAUAGGGAUGGGCCUAGAGGCAUAUAGAUAUGCUUGCAACGUGAAGUGGCUGGGACUGCGAGGGGAUGAUCUCCAACUGAUACCUCAACAGUCUUUAGCUCCACUAAAGCCACGGGACCUCCAAAUUGCGAGAAGCUUGAUUUCCUCUACAAUCUUGAGGGAUAAUUACCGGCAAGAGUUGGCAGUAAUGAUGCAGAGUGGUCAGGGAGCAGAGAUCGAAGCUCUAUAUUUUAACGGAUACGAUUAUUUAGUUAAGUAUUUAGCAAAGAAAAUUGUACAAGCCAAUUACAUCUGAAAAAAAAAAAGGAAUUGUUAGAGAACCAUGAAUCAAAACUUCCAUUGAUAUAAAUAAUUUCUAAAUAUCUGUUGGGUUUACUCGUAAAA